GGUGUGUCCUCUUCUUCCCGCCCCACCCUCCUUGCUUCCGCUUCCGGGUCGGCCCCGCAGCCGCCCCGCUCCGCCAUGCCAUGUCCGCGCUCAACUGGAAACCCUUCGUGUACGGCGGGCUCGCCUCCAUCGUGGCCGAGUUCGGCACCUUCCCCGUGGAUCUCACCAAGACGCGGCUGCAGGUGCAGGGCCAGAGCGCCGAUGCCCGGUUCCGUGAGGUGCGGUACCGCGGCAUGUUCCAUGCCCUUUUCCGUAUCUGCCGGGAGGAGGGCGGCCGGGCUCUCUACUCGGGGAUUGCCCCUGCAUUGCUGAGACAGGCGUCUUAUGGCACCAUAAAGAUUGGCAUUUACCAGAGUUUGAAGCGGCUGUUUGUGGAUCGGAUGGAAGAUGAAACGUUGCUAAUCAAUGUCAUCUGCGGGGUGGUUUCAGGGGUGAUCUCCUCAGCAAUUGCCAAUCCGACAGACGUGCUGAAGAUUCGAAUGCAGGCUCAAGGCAGCUUAUUCCAGGGUGGCAUGAUUGGCAGCUUCAUCGACAUCUACCAGCAGGAGGGUACCCGAGGCCUCUGGAGGGGUGUUGUCCCAACAGCUCAGAGAGCUGCCAUCGUGGUGGGGGUGGAACUGCCGGUCUACGACAUCACCAAGAAGCACUUAAUUCUGUCAGGCCUGAUGGGUGACACCAUCUUUGCCCACUUCGUCUCCAGUUUUACAUGCGGGCUGGCUGGGGCCAUUGCCUCCAACCCUGUGGACGUGGUGCGGACACGGAUGAUGAACCAGCGGGCGAUAGUGGGCAGCACGGAGCUCUACAAGGGCACUCUGGACGGCCUGGUGAAGACAUGGAAGAGCGAGGGCUUCUUUGCACUCUAUAAAGGUUUCUGGCCCAACUGGCUUCGGCUCGGUCCCUGGAACAUUAUUUUUUUUAUCACAUACGAGCAGUUGAAGCGCCUUCCAUUCUGACCGCUGGCUUCGUUCCACGAGAGUCAUCGUCAAGACCUGCAGCAGAGAGCUUUGCUGCAGCCUUCCUCUCCAUCUCACCAUCCCCAUCUUUUGAUGUUUUGGUACCUGUGGGUCCGGGCUGUCCCCCUCCCCAAACGCAUGGUCCCUGGAGCAUGAUCCGCCCGAGGCGGAGCUGGGAGGCUGGUGGCAGGUGCUGCAUGUUUUUUCCCUCGGAGGCAAGUAUUAACAGCGUGCGAGUGUCUGGGCCUGAAGCAGUAUCUUCUGUGAAGAUCGGUGCAUUCCAGUGGCCUUUGGGUGCAGCUGUGGUUCGCUGUUUGGCUCGUGACCGUGUUUCUGCCGUGCCCACGGGGCGAGGCUGGAGCCUGGGAAGGGACGCGAUCAUGUUUUCUUGCGGAAUUGUAACCUCAUUAAAUUAUUUAUUGACUGGA